AUUUUGGCGAUUGAAGGAAAUCAAAUCGGAGACUCGGAAUGGCUUGGCUCAUGGUAGGUAAAAACGGAGAUGAUACAUGGAAUACGGACCCCAAGGUGUUUCCUAGAUAGGAAUUGGAUUCUGGUUCUUUUAGGGAUGUCUUCUCUUUGUUUAAUUAUCGAGAUGAUGAUUACUUAGGUAGAAAUUCCCAGGGAUGAAGUCUACAUUAGAAACAAUUUUCUAAUUAGAUCCCGGAAUUUCAAAUAAAUCUGAAGUAAUGCAUCCGUCUAGGAAUUUGAAACAUAGAGAACCCGAAGAACAGAUAAGAGACCUCUUCACUGAAUGCCUCUAAAAAAAAUGCAGCUAUUAUUUUUGGAUGACAUCGACAUAAUUUCAAGAAACCUGGUGUCCAGGAUGGCUUUCUUGAUGUAGAUGGAUUCUGCAGAUUGAAAAGUGGAAGAUUGUAUUCUGAGCUAUGGUUCUAAAACCCGGAAGAACGGGAUGGCUUUUAGAACUGUAAAAGUGGAAGAUUGCAAUCUGAGCUACAGUUUCGAAACCCGGUGAAACGGGAUGGCUUUCGGAAACUAAUAAAGUGGAAGUCUGCGAUUUGAGUUACAGUUUCGGAACUAUCCGGAAACUAAAAAUGGAUGAUCGCAGACUGAGCUAACCUGUGGGGGUAAUUCCGUUCCAUGUUUAACCUAAAAUGCGAAGCCCAAUUCAAAUUGGGAUGGCCUUCGCAGUUAAAAUUAAUCUUGAAUUUACAUUCUGUUUAGGUGAAUCACAUAGUGCCACCGUUUGUUGAAGAUGCUGAAGGAUGUACCGCCCUUCGAUGGGAGAAGUGGAGAGAACAUUUCGAUGCCUACCUAUUGUGGAAAAAUGUUGAAGAUCACGAGGAGAAAUUCAGAACGUUGAUGCUCUUCGGAGGACCGGAUGUGAGGAAGAUCGUUGGGAAGAUCAUCGUAGAUGACGAACAUGUCAUCAACAACCGCUACAGGGAAGCUCUGGAGUUACUAGAUGCGUAUUUCGUUCCGCGUGUCUCGAAGGCGUACGAGCGACAGAAAUUCCGGCAGAUGGUUCCGUGCGAUAAGGAAAAAUUGGACACGUUUGUGGUUAAACUCCGGAAGCAAGCUGUUCAUUGCGACUACGGCGAUCAAAUGGAAAGUAUCAUAGUGGACCAAAUCAUCGCGACGACGGCAAACGCAGAGCUACGGAAGAAGUGUUUGGAAAAAGAUCGAUCGCUGGAAGAAGUGCUCGGAAUCGGUCGGACCCUGGAAUCCGUUGCGAUGCAGCUAACAAUGUGGGACCAAGGGACAAACAAAUCGAAAGCAGAAACGGUCCACAUCGAGGAAACCACGUCUGGAAAUGCUGUGCUCGCAGUCAACUCUGCUAAGAAAUAUCAAAGGAAUCCCAGAUGUUUCCGUUGCGAUGGACGUCAUCUGUCAUCUGAUCCGGCUUGCCCAGCAAAGAAUCAAAAGUGCAAAUCCUGUAAUCAAACCGGACACUUCGCCAGAUGCUGUUUUUUGAGGAGGAAGAAAGUCGACUCACCCCAUCCGCCCGCAGAACCUGAGAAGAAGAAACGGAUGAUUCGGCAGGUCGAGAACGUCACAACUGUGCAACGCGAUAACGAGGACAAGGACAGCGAUAUCUUCAACCUUUUCCAUCUUGGAUCGAAGCGAACCGUACGUGUAGAAGUUGGAGGAGUUCCACUUCCGUUUGUAAUUGACACCGGUGCAGACGAGGACAUAUUGAGCGAGAAUGAUUGGCAGACAUUGAAACAAAUUGGAUUUACAGCGUACUCGGUGCGGAAGGGAAGUACGAAGGUUUUCAAGGCAUACGGAUCCAGUAAUCCCUUGAUCGUCCUAGGCGAAGUCGACACAGACGUGAAGAUCAACGACAGGAACAUCGACACCACCUUCUAUGUCAUCCUUGGUGGAAAGUGCUCCCUUUUAUCCGGAAGUACUGCAGUUACGCUGGGAUUGGUCAAGUUUUUGAACACUGUGGACAACAAUAGUUUCCCCUGUCUUAAAGACGAAGAAAGAACUGAAGAUGCACUUUCGGUAACCCCCAAGAGAGUCAAUGAAGAAUCGUUUCCCGAGAACCGCAGACAAAAGCGAAGGCCGGCAUACUUGGCAGAUUACCAACUUAAUCAAAUUGAACUAAUUAACAAUAAGUAAUUUAAGAUUGUUAUACUUUUGAAUUUCAUUAAAACAAGGGAAAGAUUGUAGCAUCGUAGUAAGCCUUGCAUUUUGUAACUGACAAAUUAAGGCACAAAUAAAUUCAUUAUUGUUCUAACCACCAAACGAGAAGGUAGCAUU